CAAAAUGAAGGACCGGCUAGCAGAACUCGUGGAGUUGUCCAAGCACUAUGAUCAGCAGUUCCCAGACGGGGACGAUGACUUUGACUCGCCCCACGAGGAUAUCGUGUUUGAAACGGACCACAUCCUGGAGUCCUUGUACCGAGACAUCCAGGACAUUCAGGAUGAAAACCAGCUGCUGGCGGUCGACGUGAAGCGGCUGGGAAAGCAGAACGCCCGCUUCCUCACGUCCAUGCGGCGCCUCAGCAGCAUCAAGCGCGACACCAACUCCAUCGCCAAGGCCAUCAAGGCGCGGGGCGAGGGCAUCCACCGCAGGCUGCGCGCCAUGAAGGAGCUGAGCGAGGCUGCCGAGGCCCAGCACGGGGCGCACUCGGCCGUGGCGCGCAUCGCGCGCACGCAGUACAACGCGCUGACCUUGACCUUCCAGCGCGCCAUGCACGACUACAACCAGGCGGAGAUGAAGCAGCGCGACAACUGCAAGAUCCGCAUCCAGCGCCAGCUGGAGAUCAUGGGCAAGGACGUCUCGGGAGACCAGAUCGAGGACAUGUUCGAACAGGGCAAGUGGGACGUGUUCUCCGAGAACCUGCUGGCCGACGUGAAGGGCGCGCGGGCCGCCCUCAACGAGAUCGAGAGCCGCCACCGCGAGCUGCUGCGCCUGGAGGGCCGCAUCCGCGACGUGCACGAGCUCUUCCUGCAGAUGGCGGUGCUGGUGGAGCAGCAGGCCGACACCCUGAACGUCAUCGAGCUCAACGUGCAGAAGACCCUCGACUACACCGGCCAGGCCAAGGCGCAAGUGCGCAAGGCUGUGCAGUACAAGAAGAAGAACCCCUGCCGGACCCUCUGCUGCUUCUGCUGUCCCUGCCUCAACUAGCAGACCGGCCCGAGCCCUCACCGCCCAUCGUCGAUGGAGAUGUGGCCCGGAAGCGCGCGGGGAAGGACCACCAAAGGCCGGGCCCUCUGCUGGGGAGAGUUGCCCUACCCCUUGGAGAACUCGGCCUUUGGAGAAAGAAGUGCCCCGUUCAAGAAUUCCAACCCAACUCGUGCUCAGAAAGAUGGCUGAUACCGCCCGAUAGUUCUGCAGUACAGAGAUCCCGAUAGGGUUGUGUGAGGUCAUCGGGUGACGAUCGCACUCUUACCCUCUUGAUAGGAGCCAAAGAAGGAACUGACGCCACAUGUGACUGUCAGAUAAAUGUCCUAGGCGUAACACCUCAUAAAGAUUCAAGGAGGACAUCAGUUUUGCAUCUACUCAUAGCAUGAACUCAUGGUUGCAACUUUAGUUUUUAUUUACUCUGUUAUGAAAGUUCCUUGGUUCUGUGCAAUUUUGAGUGAAAAACUGGCCUUAAGAAAAACUGUGUGUCUUUUCCUUCUGGUUCUUUAUCUGGUUUAUGCUCUGUGAUUCUCCUCAAACGUAGACCUCCUUUCUGCUCGGUGGUGGCCAACAUCUUCACCUACUUGUUAAAAUUACAUUGAACACUUUCCUUAUCUCUUCGCUUUUAAUAUCUUUCAUCAGAUUCUAUUGUGGGAUUAUUUUUCCAAAUAUUUUAAAGCACUGGAUAUUGAACAAG